CGUAUCAGCAAAAUGGCUGCGACUGGAGUUUUGCCUUUCGUUCGAGGCAUUGAUUUAACAAAAAAUGAUUUUAUGGAAUUAUUUGGUUUCGUCUCUUAUUUGGUACGGCUAGCCAAAAGUUCUAGCCGUACGUGAGUCACGUAUGGUAAAUCCGUCAAAAUUCGGACAUCGCAUAAGUUGGGACAACUAAGCGUGUCUUUAAUCUUCUACCCAAACAUGUUAUCCAUGUACCUAGCCGUAACCUAGGUGUUACACGCUCCAAAAAGAAGAAUAUUUCGCGGGAAAAAGCAUACCAACUUGUCAGUGCGUAACUAAUACGUCAGCACAGAAUCUGAUGAGGAUAACAAAUUCCCUGCUCAUGUUGCUGACAUGACUGGUCUUAGAUGGCUAAAACUGAACAAGACUGGCCUUAAAAACAUGCCGAAAGAGAUGGCUAACUUAAAGAAAUUGGAGCAUUUGUCUUUGAUCAACAACAGUAUUGAGACACUGGGAAAGGAUAUUGAGAACUUGCCAGCACUCAGAACUGUUAACUGCCGACAUAACAACUUGUCAGACAAAGGGAUAUCAGAUAAGAUAUUCCAGUUGCAGGAUCUGUCUGUUGUUGAUUUCAGCCAUAACCAUUUGAAUGAGGUUCCACCAGAACUGGAGAAUGCCAAAGGUGUGAUUGUCCUUAAUCUUAGCAAUAACAAUAUUGAGAUGUUACCCAAUCAGAUGUUUAUCAAUUUACUGGACCUAACAUAUCUUGACCUGAGUAAUAAUAGCCUAGAAACAUUGCCACCACAGAUGCGACGUUUGACCAGUCUUCAGACACUUAUACUUAACAACAACCCUCUGAUCCAUGCUCAGUUACGACAACUUCCAGCCAUGACAUCACUACAAAUGUUACAUCUUAGAAAUUCACAGCGUACGCUAGCUAACUUCCCAGCUGCUCUUGACUCCCUGAACUUCCUUCAAGAUAUUGAUUUGUCUAGAAAUGAGCUUCCCCGUGUACCAGAACCACUGUACAAGUUGAGUUCACUGAAACAUCUGAACAUAUCAGAUAAUCAGAUCACAGAAUUGUCUCUACUCAUAGAUACCUGGGUGAAUCUACAGUCAUUAAAUCUUUCACGAAAUAAGAUACAGAACUUACCAGCUUCUUUACACAAACUUCAGUCAUUGAAAAAGUUGUACAUAAAUUCUAAUCAACUUGACUUUGAGGGUAUUCCAUCCAGUAUAGGCAAGCUACAUAACCUUGAGAUCUUCAGUGCUGCAAAUAAUAACAUUGAGAUGAUCCCUGAAGGACUCUGCAGGUGUGGGAAGUUGAAGAAACUUUUAUUGAAUAGCAACAGAUUGAUAACCUUGCCAGAUAUUCUACAUUUACUACCAGAACUUGAGACAUUAGAUGUAAGGGACAACCCAGACCUGGUUAUGCCCCCUAAACCCGCAGAAAUGAGGAAAGAUAAAGAGUUUUAUAAUAUAGAUUUCUCUCUAAACAACCAAUUACGUCUAGCAGGUGCACCCACAGCACAGGCAGCUACGUCCCCUCAACCAUCUAAAGACCCAGUGGCACGGAAGUUACGUUUGCGACGUCGGAGAGGCAAGGACGACAGUGAAAAGGUUCUAGCUGGACUGAAGGAUGUUGCCAAGGAGAAAGAUAGUGUAGAGAAAGAACAUCAAGAAGAAGAAGAAAUGAAAAAACUAAGGCCAAAGAAAUGGAAUGAGCAUCUAGAAAGACCCCAUCUAGAUUACAGUGACAUCUUUGAAGAGGAAGUUGGUCAAAUACCUGGGGUUUCAUGUUGGGAGAUUGAAAACUUCUUGCCUAACCAGGUUGAGGAAGCAUUAAUUGGAAAGUUCUAUGAGGCUGAUUGUUACAUAAUCUUGAAAACUUUCAUAGAUGAUUCAAACAGUCUAAACUGGCAAAUAUACUUCUGGAUAGGUGCAUUGGCUACGUUGGACAAGAAAGCAUGUUCAGCCAUCCAUGCUGUUAACCUGAGAAACUUGCUAGGUGCUGAAUGUCGGACCAUACGUGAAGAAAUGAACGAUGAAUCUGACGAGUUUCUAGAUCUAUUUGACAAUGGUGUAUCUUAUAUAGAAGGUGGAAGAACAUCCAGUGGCUUUUAUACUGUUGAAGAACUGACAUAUGAAGUAAAAGUUUACAGAGCUAUUGGUGUACAGUCAGUACAUAUGGAAAGGUGUCCUGUGACAAUGUCAUCUCUGGAUCCAAGAUAUGUUUACCUGGUCGACAGUGGUAAAAUACUGUAUAUCUGGGUAGGAAAGAAAUCUAAAGGUGUCACAAAAACAAAGUCUAGGCUGAUAGCUGAGAAGAUCAAUAAGAAUGAGAGAAAAAGUAAAUCUGAGAUAGAAGUUGUUACACAAGGUGGCGAGGAAAUGCCGUUCUGGAGAGCUCUCAAUGUUCAUUCUGCCAAGGAUGUCUCACCUAUUAAGGAAUGGAUACCUGAUGACUUUGAACUAGCAGAGCCAAGAUUAUACAAGGUUGGACUGGGUAUGGGUUACCUAGAACUUCCUCAAGUUGAUAUUCCUGGUGGUAAGUUGAAACAAAAAAUACUAGACACAAAGCAAGUAUACAUUCUUGAUUGUAAAACAGACGUAUUUGUUUGGAUUGGUAAAAAAUCAACACGAUUGAUCAGAGCGGCUGCAUUAAAACUGUCUCAAGAGUUAAAUGCCAUGUUAGAACGUCCGGAUUUUAGUAGUGUCACACGUUGUCUGGAAGGUACCGAGCCGCAAAUCUUUAAAACAAAAUUUAUUGGCUGGGACGAUGUUUUGCCUGUGGAUUAUACAAGGACUGCAGAGUCUAUUACAAGAAGAGGGGCUGACAUGAAGGUGAUCAUGGAGCGAGAUAAGAUGAAGACCGAUCUGUCAGCAUUGUUUAUGGCUCGACAACCUUCCAUGCCUAGAGAUGAAGCUGAACAGUUGAUUGAAGAGUGGAAUGAAGAUUUAGAUGGUAUGGAAGCAUUUGUCCUUGAAGGAAAGAAAUUUGUCAAGCUGCCUGAAAAUGAAAUAGGUAUAUUUCACAGUGAGGAUUGUUAUGUAUUUCUGUGUCGCUAUUGGAUACCGGUUGAUAUACCGGAAGAUGAAGAAGAGGACGAGGAAGGUGAACCUCCGGAGGAACAAAUAAAAUGUGUCGUAUAUUUCUGGCAGGGCCGUGAUGCUGGCAAUAUGGGUUAUCUUACCUUCACAUUCAGCUUACAGAAGAAGUUUGAGUCAUUAUUUGGUGACAAGUUAGAGGUUGUAAGGACUCAUCAACAACAGGAGAACCUUAAGUUUAUGUCACAUUUUAAACGCAAGUUUGUCAUCAGGAAGGGCAAGAGAAGACAACCUAACCAGGAUCCUAAGAAACCACAGGUUGAGUUCUUUGAAGUUAGAGCCAACGGUGGUAUAAUAUCUACUAGAUGUAUUCAGAUCAGGCCACAUGCUGCAUUACUAAAUUCUUGUUUUUGUUAUAUAUUAAUGGUACCGUUUGAUACAGAGGAUCUAAAUGGUGUGGUGUAUGUCUGGUGUGGCAGCAAGGCGGAGCAUGAAGAUGCUUCACUUACUGAAGAAAUCGCAUAUCUUAUGUACAAGGAUAAUUACACAGUACAAAUGAUCAAUGAAGGUGAAGAGCCAGAGAAUUUCUUCUGGGUUGGAAUUGGUGGCAAGAAACCUUAUGAUAAGGAUGCUGGAUUCAUGAACUUUGCCAGAUUAUUCAGAUGUUCAAAUGAGAAAGGUUACUUUGCUGUCUCAGAAAAAUGUGCCGACUUUUGUCAGGAUGAUCUGGCUGAUGAUGAUGUCAUGAUACUGGACAAUGGUCAGCAAGUAUUCCUUUGGGUCGGCAAGAAAACAUCCGAUGUUGAGAUCAAAUUAGCUUUCAAAAGUGCACAGGUGUACAUCCAGCAUUUACGAGCAAAACAACCAGACAAACCAAGAAAAUUACUACUUGCUAUGAAAUACAAAGAACAUAGAAACUUUACUAAAUGUUUCCAUGGCUGGGGCAGAUAUAAGGAAGUAAGGGAAUAGAAAAAACCAUUUUGUUGAACUUGUGACAGACUAGACAGCUGUAAUGUGAUGAGGUGCUAAAAUGGCCAAUUAUAGACUAUGUUAUGUUAACAUGUUGUCAUAGUUGUUAUCAUAGCAAGUUAUAGUCAAUUUAUUCAUUAUUAUGAUAAGAAAUUUUGGGAAAUGGAAAAAGUUACCAAAAGCUUUGCCAAGACUUGCUGGUAUAAUUAUAUACAAUACAAUGUAGUGUAUUAUUUGUGCAAUUUGACAAGAAUGUUAUGUGUGUUCACAAAGAAGAAAUAUAAAGAUUCCUAUGAUACAAGCUUGCCAUAUGAUAUAUGACAAAACUUGUAGUUAUGUUUUAUCUGUAGAAAUACCUGUAUUUAUCAAUGAAUGAUAUAAUAGAUAUAGGAUAUUAGUGCCAUACAUGGAAGUUUCUACAUCUUUUAUUCACAUUGUUGAUAUAUAUAUUUAUAAGCACUUAUACAAAAGACCUUUUUUGUAUGUGCACUGUGUUCAAGAGAAAGUGAGUCAUUCGAAAUCCUCAUCAUUUAUUGUCUGUAAACAAACAAACAAAAUGUCAAGGUAAAUGGCAAGGUAGAUCAAGAAUUUUAGAUUAUUAUAAAAUAUUUUUUUGGUUUUGAAAAACAAUGUGAAUGUAAGAUUUAGUGUACAUGACUUACUAUGAUUGUAGCCAUCUUAUUAAAUAAUUUACUGUCAUUAUUUGAUAUAUACAUGUAUAUAUGUAUUCAGAUAGUUUAUUAAUUAAACUAUCCAAACAAACUUUGAUGACAGCCUUAGAUGAUAGGUUUUAUAAAUUUAUGUUUUUCACCAAAAUUUACUUUAAUUUUGUUCAUUUAUGUUCAAAAUUUAUGACUAGAUUUUGUUUUAACCAAUGACAGCAUAAUAAACUUGCACAAUAAAGCUUUACAAAGGAUUAAUUAUACUUCAUUGAAAACAUUUUUUUCACAAAAGCAGAACUUUGUAUAAUUUAUGGGGUAUUGAUAUAUUAAAAGUAAGAUAUUCAAUAGGUUUAAUAAGGAAACUGUAAAUAUUCAAUGAUUUUAUCAUACAGUAAUAUGAACUGUGAUAUUUAUGUAUCUCUUAUGUUUGUAUUUCUCUCUAGGUCUCUGUUUGAACAAGGACAUUUUAAGUUUUAUUAUAGAUUCUUCUUUAUGUAUGUCUUUCAAUAUUUCAAAUAAUUAUAGGGAGUUCAUGCACGAAUGAUUUUUUUACACUAUUUAAAGGUACUGUGAGGUCUUUUAUGUAGAACAGGUUAAUUGAAAUAGGGGCACUUGCUGGUUUAAAGUACAAAUAUGCUGUUUAGAGUAAGUGAAGGUCAAAUUUCUUAACUGUUAUUCUAAAUAUAUAUAUGAUUUUAAAGUCCCUUUUCUUCUGUAAUUUGAUACCAACACUUUACAUUAGUUAAACAUAAAAAGUAAUAAUUGUCAAACAUAAAAAUUAUUAUAAUGAAAAUUGGUAGUUCAAUAAUUGUGUACUGUAUAGAGGUGAACUUAAGUAUUGUGACUCUUUCAUAAAAAUAAAUUUUUAAAAAGACCAAGUGAACCAUUAAAAGGUGAAUAACCUGAAAACAGAUUACAAUUGAGUGAUUAAUUGAAUGGGAAGUGAAGUCUAAUAUUCUGUACUUUUCCCAGGUUUAAUAUGUUUCCUAUGGAAAUUAAUUUUUUACAGAUAGCAAGUUGACUUUCAGACAGUGAGUGUAUGAAUGCUCCUAGGUUACAUACCUUGUCAUAUAUAUGUUGUUCACUUAAAACAUUAGUAAAAAUUAAAAAAAAAGAAAUUGAAUAUGUUUAAUUUAUACUGGAAGAAAUACACCAAUUAAGGAGGCUAUUAAUAGUUUAAUGUAUGGCACUUUCUACAUCAGUUGUUUGUGCUAGCAAUAUUUAUUAUAUCUUAUAUGUAAAGAAAACUCUAUCUAUGCGAAAAACAGCAACUUUAUAGUCACACCAUGACAAUAUUUAUGUUUGUAACCAUGUCAAUAUGUGAUGACAAUUUUGUGUGUUACCAAAUAUUAAGAUUUAGUGCUAUGUUACUUUCAAUGCAAUAUCAGAGAAGAGAUAGAAAAUAAGGGAAGUGGUUAUAAUUUAUUAGCCCUUGAUUGAAUAUAAUUAGAAUAUAAUUAUACAAUUACUCUACAAAGUCUUAGAAUUAGUUAUUUGAAACAUAUACUGUGUAAUACCAAAAAUUAAUGUAUUGAGUAACCAUUGACAACCAAGAUAAUGGCAAAAAGCCUUUUUUUACUGCAUGCUUUCCAUACUAUUCAAGGCUUUCUGUACAAGGACUGUUGAAGCCCAGUAGCUUCAAAAUUCAUUCUUUUUUUUUCUUCAAAUAUUUAAACUGUUUUCCACAAUAACCAAUUCAGUAUAGUUAUUAUACUCACAAUUCAAGCUGUAUAUAAAAGGACAUGUAUUUAUGCUUAUGAUAUAAAACUAUAUCUCAAAAUAUCUUAAAUUGAUUUGUUUUAUGUUUGUAAGAGGUUUGCUUGUAAUGUUUGUGUGUUUCUUCCUCAAUCCUGGAUUGUAUUAAUGUAUUUAUGAAGGUGUAUAAUUCAGGAGUGUUUAUGUUCAAUACGUAGCCUUAUUAUGAAAUAUAUAAUUCCUGUUUUGAAUAAACAUUCAUACUGUGUCUUUUAAAAUAUGUGAUAAGCGUAUAUUAUCGUUGGUAAAAUCUGAAAGAAUAGUAGUCUUGAAAUAUGUCUAUUCCUGUUUUGUUCUUUUCUUAGGGAAGGUCGGUGGUUCUUUUUAUUUCAAGAAAAUAUUCACUCAUUAAACGAAGGAAAACCAUACUGAGUAAUAUAUCAUUUAAAUAUGUAAGAUAUAACAUACAGAAUGUCGGCGGUUCUAUUCACGUGCCCGCUUGUUCCCCCAAUAAUGCAAGAAGAGGCACCGGAGGUCUUCAUUCACCAGUAAAGUAUGAUCUUAGCAGUGUCAGUGUGGAUUGAAAUGAAAAAAAACAAUCUUGAAGAAUCCUUUUACUGCUGAAUUUUCAUCAUAGAAUUGUCAUAUUUUGAACUUGGAACUGUCGCUUAUUAUUCCAAGACCUAUCAUCAUCCCAUUAGCGCUAUAAUGGUUAACGCCGUAUUGAAAUAAAUUGUAAUUUUCUGUGAAUGACUGCUAGAAAAUAUGCAAAACUAUCAAAAUAUUUCAGUAUAAUUUUUUUGUAUUUGAAAAAAUAUCUAUGAAUCUCUUCCAUUGAAGAAUAUUUAUGUAUAUUAUUAUUAUUAUAUCUUCCAUUAUACAAUGUACUUCUUAAUAAAUGGAGAAAAGAAUCA